AUGGCAAAUGUUAAGUGCUAUUUUCUUCUUGUUUUAGGGUCCAUAAAUUGCAGGAAAAUGACAACAUUCAAAGUGGAAAGCCCAAAUGUUCAUUACACUUCGGAGUAUAUUGAGAGUAAAUAUACAUAUGAGACUACCAAGGUUGAUUGCAACUCAAAGGGUACCUACACUGUGAAGCCUGUUGAAACAGUGUACACCUUUCGCACUGAAAGACAUGUUCCAAAAAUUGGAUGUAUGUUAGUGGGAUGGGGUGGCAAUAAUGGCUCCACGAUCACCGCUGCUGUACUUGCAAAUAAACUGGGUUUGUCGUGGAACACAAAACUUGGUGUUAAGGUCAGUUCAGUUUUAGUGUUUUGCUCAGUCUAUUCUGAGCGAAGGACCGUUGUAUUAUAUACAGUUGACUACCAAUAACUCAAACCUUCAAGGGGAAUCGAAAAAAGUUUGAGUUAUCAGGAGCUCAAUGCAAAAAGCCGGAAAUAAGAAAAAAACUAGUUUUUACUAUACAGUGAACAUUUUAACCACAUUUAUUUGUAGAAAUGUCAAGUGAAAAUGGAACAAUGCUUCUAGAUUAUAAAUCAGAAUGUGAAGUGACAAAAGAUAGCCUUAGUAAAUAGUAUGCGUUUUACGGUAUUGAAAAGCAGAGUUGUCAAAAAUAUUUUAAGUAGCAGGAGAAUAAGAGAAGAUAGCUGGCGUGUGUUUCCCGGUGGCACGGGUAGGGAAAGACAUAUCACUAUUGAUAUAAACAGUUCAAUCCAGGUAAGUAGCAGCUGUCAAACAUGAUAGCAUCGAUACUGCACUGUUCCUUGUAGAAUUGUCUUGGCAAGCCCUGAUGAUCUUGAUACAUGCCCCAACCUCUUUAACUUGUGUUUCUUUAUUGUGGUUAUAUUUAUAGCACUAGCUUCACAGUGUGUUUUUCGGCAAAAUUUCCCAUGGGGAAUAGGUUAAAAGUCCUUGAAAAGUUCAUAAAUACUUUAUGGUUUUGUUUUGUUUUUUCCUUUCUCUUAUAUUUAUUAUUCUUAAUAACCAUUUUAUUUACUUCAUUUUAUUCACAGAAAGCAAAUUAUGUUGGCUCCAUGACUCAAUCUUCUACUGUUUGCCUGGGAACUGGGCCUGGUGGAGAUGUGUAUGUGCCCUUAAAGGAUCUUCUUCCGAUGGUUCACCCCAAUGACAUUGUAUUUGAUGGUACGUUUGACAAGCUACGAUGUAAAUCGUAGACAAUUCAUGAAUGUUACAAGGUAGGAGGUUUGAUUAUGGUAAAAAUUGUAGAAAAAAAUUUGUAAGAAAUUAUUGAGUUAUAAUUACUCCAUAAUUUUUUACAAGUUAGGCAAGCAAGAUAUUGAGUUAAAGCAAUACAUUGUGUCAAAAGAUUCCCAUAGGGCGGUUCCAAUAAUAAAGUUAAGACAAUGGAAGUUGAACAAAUUAAGAAGUUAUAAAUUUUCCACAAUUAGGAAAGCAGUAUUAGUUACACCAAGGGGUUAAUGUGAAGGAACAGAGCAGGUAUUAAAAAUGUGAUUGGUUUUUGCAGGGUGGGACAUCUCAUCACUCAACCUGGCUGAUGCCACAGAAAGGGCUCAGGUACUGGACAGUGGACUUCAGAGGCAACUCAGGCCUUACCUAGAGAAACUAAAGCCACGUCCAUCAAUUUACUGCCCUGACUUCAUUGCUGCCAAUCAGGCUGACCGUGCGGAUAAUGUCUUGUCAGGGACAAAACAGGAAAUGCUGGAACAAAUAAGAAUGGACAUCCAAGAUUUCAAGCAGAAAAACUGCCUUGAUAAGGUAACUUACCAUACAGGUCAUUGCAUUGCUGUAAGAGUGGGGGGAAAAGUAAGGUGUCCUUCUUCACUUCUUGGUGCCAGAGUCUUUUUAUGCAGUUCCCAGUUUUAGUCAAGUCUUAAUAGUAACCUGCUCGAAAAGUUUCCUGACCAGAGCACUUCUGCUUCAAUAUCAACAAGCCAAUCACAUUUCUGGUCAUGAAGGCUGAUUGGCUUCUAACAACUGCCUGAGGGAUUUUGAAUCUAACAGAGACACUAAUAUCGGUUUGACAAAAAUAGAACAAUUCAAACUUUGUUGUCAUCGUAAUGUGUAAUGAAGAAUGACAAUGGCUUAUAGGUGUCUGUUCUUGCAUUAGCGAAAGUUUUUAAACAGGCAUUACGGCAUUGAGCAGUUUAGCAAAAGGCAAACAUUUCAUUUUCUAAGCCAGGGCUUCUGAAUCUGGCAAAUCAGAUAAUUUUUCAUACAAGAUAAGAAUUACUUCACAAAAGUUCUUGUAUGAAUUGGAAAGCUUAUUUUAAUUUAUUUUCCAGUUGUUGCGCCUGUAUAUCCAAAAUAAAAAAACAAUGAUUUCAACAAGGAUAUCUUCACGCACCAGUCCAUGAGAUCACAGUUGGUUCCAUCUGUUCCUCGUUCCAUCUGAUUGGUUUAAAUGUAGUCCGAGAAAAAAGAUCGAAAGAUCGAAGUUCGCCUUGAACGGUAAUUCGUAGCCUUCUGUACCGGAGGUUUUUUCUAACGGCUUCGCUGCUCAUGGUUUCGGCCUGCUUCUAUUGUUGAAAUGUGCUGCUGCAUGCAAGAAAAAACCUCUGGUACCCUGGGUAACCUGUAGAGUUGUUAGGAAAUUUCAGAGCAUAAGGCCCUAUUAAGUGUUCCUAGAUACCGUAAAUCUUCUAUUAAGCCCCCCGUCUCAAAUAAGCCCCUCCACCCCUUUUCAGGGGAAGAAAGUUAAUAAGCCCCCUCCCCUUCCCCUUAUUAUUCUUCACUAAUUAAUGAUAGGCUGUGUUAAUCAAUAAUGACUGUAAAACUUUGUGUGGACUGAUGGAGGAUUGUUAUUCACCAACUGGAAGUUUGGCUGCUUGACCUCCAACUUCUUGAACUUGAGUUUUUCCACUUUGUAUUAUAGUUCUUUAUGAAGAACUGAUGCCAUCGUCUUUGCUAAAUUAAAUAGGCUCCCAUCUCUAUUAAACCCUCCCUCUCCUGUCAAAUGUGUUUGAAAUUAAUAAGUCCCCCCCUCGCCAGGUGGUGCUUAAUAGAAGGUUUAUGGUAAUUAAAUUGCUUGAGUUCCCCCUUCACCCUUGUGAUUUGUUUUUGAUUUUCUGGGAAAGAGGGUGGAUAGGGCUAGAAUUACUUUUUUAUGGAACCAAUAAACUGUAAAUGACACAGUUAAUAGCAGAGGUUCUAUUAGGUGUCUCAGCGUGAUCUCAGAAGUUUAUUCGCCUCAUCAAACUUGAUUUUUUGGGUGUCAGAUGGACUGCUUGUUUAAAAAUGCAACAUUGAUUUAAACUAUGAUCACAGCUUAAGAAUUCUCAUCAGUAACUAGCCUUCGAAAUUUUCUCAUGCCAAAUUUAUUUAGUCAUUUAUUUUUUCUUCCACCUAAUGUGACCUUCUGGAAGUAAGGGGAUUACUCAUAUUUCAUCUGCAGUUUGCAAAUGUAAUAACUUUAUACAGUUUUUCACAGAUACCCAUAUUUAAUCUUAGUUAAGCAACUCAAAUUAAAAUUCAUUGCUCUUUAUUUUUACAAUAACUAACGACAAAAUUCUUUCACUUCCUUGAUUCUUUUGAAAUAAAUGUAUUUUCUAAGUGUGUUUUAAAAGGAAGGCUUAUUGCACGCGUUACAUUUCUUUAUUUUCAUGUCUUAGGUGAUUGUUCUGUGGACGGCAAAUACAGAGCGGUUUUGUGAUGUACAGGAUGGCCUUAAUGACACUGCUGAGAACCUUUUGAACUCCAUUGCUCAGAAUGAGGAAGAGGUUUCUCCAUCAACUAUCUUUGCCGUUGCUAGCAUCUUGGAAAAGGUAAAUGAUGGGUUCUUUCCAUUCGAAAAUGGGAUUUAUUCAGUGAAAUUAAAAACACUUUUUUUUUCUAUUUCCAGUGUUCCUACAUAAAUGGCUCACCUCAGAACACUAACGUCCCAGGUGUCAUUGAUCUUGCUAAGAAGUACGGCACAUUUCUUGGUGGGGAUGACUUCAAGUCUGGGCAGACAAAGAUGAAAUCUGUGCUUGUUGACUUCUUAGUUAGCGCUGGUAUAAAGGUAACGAUAUUUACACCACUCCCUCAGAAGGCUUUUGGGCUUAUUAUCUAGAACAUUGUUUUUCUUGGCAACCUUUUUCUGCAUUUAUCAGAGGGCUCACUCUUUAAUUGACUCAUAUUGGCAUCUUUUUUGUCAUCAGAGGUGCAUUGAUAUGUUUUAGAAUAAUGACAAAAUUCCUAUUCUUCUGUCCAAAAGAGUUUUUUGCUUUUGUUUGCUUGUUUGUCCUGCUCAUGAGAAUUAACUCUUAAAUUUUUUUAUGGUACAUGAAAUUUAGGCUUAGUUUGCAUUGCUUUACGUUGCUUGAGCUCGUGAAGUGUUCUCCUCCCCACCCCGCCCUCCCUUUGGUAAGUAUAAUGGUAAGUAUGGUAAGAAACCAGUGGUUAGCUCAGUGUGGUCAUGUAGUGCCUAGGUGGUUACUACUACUCACAGAGUUAUGCAUUUGGCUACAAUACUUGGCCCCUCCAGCCUCUAAGAUGCUCCCCUCAAGCUCAUUGCCGUUAACAGGCCAACUGCAUGCAUAGCCAAUGUUGACAUGGCUGUAUGCAAAAAAUAAUUUAGAGAGGCUAUGUCACCUGGAUAUUGCUGUUUUAGGUCAAUUUUGUGCUGAAAUCAUAACCACAACUCAAAGUUUCAAUCAAAGCCUAUCCAUCGCAAAAGACAACAGGAAACAGUUUCAAUGCCUGAGUACUAGACUGUUGUUUCUAGAAUUCAAUUGAUGCCAAAAAAUUUUUUAACUUUCCAAAAAGAGAGCAAAUAGCAUGACAUAGCCCCUUUAAGUUGGUCUUAGCUAGUAAUCAUAGGCCACUGAUAAAGCAUAGCUUUGCAUUGAAUGUAUCACUUCACUUUUCUUGCAGCCUGUUUCUAUUGUCAGCUACAACCAUCUAGGAAAUAAUGAUGGGAAAAACCUGUCAGCACCCCAGCAGUUCAGAUCCAAAGAGGUAAACUUUACUAGCUCAAAAAAAUUAAAUAUGACUAUUAGGCUACAAUACAAACAUAUACCAUUCACGCAGGAAACCUGGUUGGAAUAGCUAGAUUUAGGUGCUGAGAACAAUGUGCCGCCCAAACUUUACUCUCUCCCUCACCACCACUCCCUUAAACUCUAGCAUCCACUCCUCAUCAGGUUUAUUAUUAUUAUUAUUAUUAUUAUUGUUGUUGUUGUUGUUGUUGUUGUUUUCGUUGUUAAAUUAACAUAACCUAGAAUUUGUAAAAGUUCAUUUUUGCCACACAGUGGUAAAUUUAAACUUUGACUUGGAUAUUUUGGUCUUGGUUAUGCAAGUCAAAGUUUAACCAACUGCCUCGCUUAAGUGGAAGGUGGGUGCCUGGGAUACCCAGGGGCUUCCACUGUGGCCAGCCAGCCCCUAGAUAGAAAAACUGCCCCCAUGGCUGGCAAAUCCCCGCAACCCAGCCAUGAGCCCCCAUUCCAGGCACCCGUCACACUGAUCAAACAGUGGAAGGAAGAAAAAUAGGGAUGGGAGGGGGGGGGGAGACGCUAAAUGAACCGCUCCACAGACCACUGCACAAACGCUCGAUGAACAACUCGCAGAUCCUAGCCAUGUACAAAGCUACCACACACCAUGUGAGCCUGCACUUAUGGGAUUGACCGCUGGAUGCCCGCUACGCUCGUGGGUCGCUUGACCGCUAAGCUUGUAGACCGCUUGACCGCUAAGCUUGUGGACCGCUAGACCGCUUAACUUGUGGACCGCUCAACUGCUAAGCUUGUGAACCGCUUGACCGCUAUGCUUGUGAAUUGCUUGACCGCUACGCUUGUGAACCGCUUGACCGCUAAGCUCGUGGUGGUUAACUUAGUUAAAUUACAUUUAACCAAAUUUAAAUUGACUUCGGAGUAGCAAAAAUGAAAUUUUACAAACUCAAGAAUUUGCUACAUGGAUAAAAUAUAAAUUUGCAAGUGUUUCUAGUUCCUUUUCGAUGCUUAUCCUUUUUAUUCUCCUAAUUUUCUGACAGAUUUCCAAAAGUAAUGUGGUAGAUGAUAUGGUUGAAUCUAACCACAUUCUCUACGAGGAAGGAGAGAAGCCAGACCAUUGUGUUGUCAUUAAAUAUGUUCCUUAUGUGGGCGACAGCAAGCGGGCUUUAGACGAGUACACUUCCGAGAUAUUCAUGCAUGGACUCAACACUAUCGUCCUCCACAACACGUGUGAGGUAUGUCAGUCAUUCGUGGCUUUGCCAAGUCCAGCCUUAGAGCCUGGCUAGUUAAUAUGUGAUGUGUUUAACGUAAAAUCUGAAAAAAAUAAAGAUGCCUUGUUUAUUGGUGUGGGCUAUAGGUGAACAUGAACUAAAAUUAAGAGGCUACAUGUACCUUCCUUUAUUUGUCCCAUGUAAGGAAAUCGGGAAUCCAGGAGAUGUUUGCUUGUGGCAUCCAGAAUCAGUGAUAUUUUUCUUGUAGAAUCAGGAAUCCUGGGUCCUGGAAUCCGGAAUUCCACUAACAAUUGGAAUCUGGAAUCCAAGUUCCCCUGUGAAAGAAUCCUGAAUCCAGUACAUUGAAUAUGGAAUUCAUGGUGUGGAAUCCAAAAUCCUAGACUGUCUUGCAUCAAAAUUUGGAUCUUAAUAUUGAUAAUUAUGUUAUAUAUAAUUGAAUGGUUUAUCUGGUACAGGACUCUCUUUUGGCUGCACCAAUCAUCUUGGACUUAGUUAUCCUGUGUGAAAUCUGUGAGAGAAUCAAGUUUAAAGUAGAGGGUGAUCAAGAGUUCCAGUCGUUCCAUCCAGUUCUUUCUCUUCUCAGCUACCUUCUUAAAGCCCCACUUGUACCUUGUGGCACACCAAUUGUCAAUGCGCUCUUUAAGCAAAGAAGCUGUAUUGAAAACAUAUUUAGGUAAGUGAUCUGGUUUAAAGAACCUAGGGCCCCUCUAUACAAGAACCUGUGUAGCCUAAUUUGGAACAGGUUCGUAUUUUCUAAGAUUUAUGUUAAAAAAAUCUGUACACUUCUGUACUAAAAGACUUCAUGUGGUCAGCGCUUCAGUCUUUCUUCUACUCAUAGUCUUUUUUACAUAAAAUGCUAAUUUGGCAUGCAGAUUUUAUAUAAGGAAUGAGCUGAAUACCACAAGAUACUUCGGAAAAUAAGAAUCUGUUUAAGAACCUAAAUUGCCUAAAUUUGUCCUAAUUACCAUGCAUAUUUAUGUAAGAACCUGCUAAAGCUAACUUGGGAACAUGCAGGUCCUUAGUAGCGGGGUUUUACUGUAUGCGAUGUUCUUUGUUCCUGAUUGGAUGUUUUUCUCCUUGCCUAGGAUUAUUUCGGUGGGUAGAGCGCUCGACUACGCAGUGAAAGAUCGCGCUUUCAGGGCUGGACUAUUACUCGGGGUCUGCCUUUGUACUGCAAAAAGACUAGACCUUCCUUUGGCUGGGGUGCCCGUGUCCAGGAGUUUAAAAAAGUUAUUUUCUUCUCUUUGGCAUAGCUGGGUUGACAACCAGUCAUUUGUUUGUUGCGGAAAAUGUUGUAAUGUUUACCCAUAAUACAUAAAAUCCAGUUGUAACCUCUGCGCCCUACAUUUAGAAGACUAUUUUAGAGUUAGACAAUUGUAAUAAAACAAACUAUUGAAUGCUCCUUGUAAGUAUCGUAGGAAACGAAUAGACUUUGUAUGGAACAACACCUUGAUAUUGGAAUAGUAAGAAAUUAAUAUGUGGCGUGGUCUGUUUCAGGGCUUGCGUUGGCUUGAAGCCGCAAAAUCACAUGUUGUUGGAGCAUAAACAUUCCAGGGAAGUUGGUCAUUCCACAAAAAUGGAGAAUGGUCAUGCUCGUAUUAUAUCUCAUCUGCAAAACGGAAUCAAAACACACGGCUACAUGAACGGAGAAGUAAAUGAAAACGACUACAUCAACGGACAAACAAAAGACUUGAAACAAGCCUAUUUGAAUGGCACAGGUCGCAUUUCACAAGUGAACUGAUAAUUUAUAGAGCGACCUUUUUAAAAUGCUGUUAAUAGUUCGUUAUAUUUUACCAAAAUUAUCUUUUAUCUUACAAGACAAAGACUCUUGUUUGAAGAAAAAUGAACGUUUAAAAAACUGCGUACAACUUCUGGUUCAGAUUAACCUUCGGGAUGUAUGAGGAGUCACGAACUUCUAAUCGACCCUCUCUGUUGUUAGAGUGAGUGUGUCAGUGUGUCCCAGUAUUGUCCAUUAGUACUGCUGAUGGUUUUCAUUUACACAAAAAUACAACAGAUUAAACGUAUUGUGAGACGAAAUCCGGGUCUUACAGUAUUUCACGCCAGGCGCGUAUUGCACGUCUUACGCGGACUUUGGUAUCUGCGGUAAUUUGUCACUUCCGCAUAAUUCUUCGUGUGUUUAUUAUUCAUUUUUGGCUCAUGGAUGACGUAGUCAUGCCAUGGGCUUUUGGAGGCACUCGAUUGGCACUCACUCACUCACUCACUCACUCGAUUCUCAUUAAUUUAUUCAUUAAAGUCAGAUUAAACACGUUACUCCUACCUCCCUUACUUAGUGUUACUUUUUUUCCAAGUGCCUUUUACGUAUAUGUUUGGAAUAUUCUAGAGGGUACUAGUAAGGCGAAGUUUUUUUCCCGACACAUUAGUAAUAGAGAUGGGUUUUGUAUAAAUGGAAUUAUUCUAAAGAACACUGAUAAUAUCAUCCGCAAGAAAUGGACUUAGAAUUGUUAAAAGGACAUCGAAAUAAUUGAGCGUGGAGCAUUGUUGUAUAUUUGGACGAAUUGUGCACAUUUGUUCCCGAUAUUGUACUUGAUAUGGAGAAUAUGCAAUCAACAGGAGUGUGAAAGAGCUAUUGCAGCCUGACGAUAGGAUUUCGUUCAGCGAAAAGCGAAUAAGCCAAAGAGCCUUAUAAUCGCUGCAAAAAACGGUCCUCGAAUUGUUGAAGCGACAUUGAGGAGUAUCUGUUGAGGUUUAUUCAGUUAUUUGGACGAAUCCGUUCGACCAUUUGUCUUCGUAUGCAAACAGGGAAUGAAUUAAUGUUGUGUCAACUAGAGGCACAGGUUUUAGAACAACAAGCGUUACGCUAUUUUGCUUGAUUUCUUAGGUGAUCUUUGCCUUAAAGUAGGCUUUUGUUUGUCGGUGAUUCCAUUUAGCAGUGCUAUUAAUGUAAUUUCCACAAGAAAUGAUGCGCUGGUAUAAACAAGUCUGGCGAAAGGCAAUCGGAUACUUCGACUGCUUUUAAAUUACUUGCCUAAGGUCAGAGCACGUACUGCUUUGAGCUUAAUAUGUUUUACAUGUAUUAAAAUAAUUUUUAGCUCGUGUUUAUCAAAAGCGUGUUCUAAAGCAGUUCAAUGUAGCCAUAAACGCCUGUAUUCUGUAUUUAAUAUAGCUCGUACUGCAUAUACUAACCGUAACGUACUCAUCAUAUGGAAACAUUUAUUUGAAAGCAUCGCACUUUUAAAACCACGGUUUAAAUAAAACUCGUGUAUGUAAAACUUGGC